AUUAUCCUUGAAAGAUCGACUCUGGAUGAAAUGAAAUCAACUGAUAACACACCAGAUUAGGCAUAGUAAGAUUCAAUCUUGGUAGAGUAAACAGUUUAAAGUGUGACUGGUUAGAUACAGCACGUGGCGACACCAAUACAUUAAGAUAUCCAGAAUUUAGCAUCUUAAUUCAUAUAGUUUAUAGAUCAUGGCCAUCGACAAAGAGCCUACAACUUCCCUUGAAGACCCCGAUGAGGGUAAAACUUGCAGUGAACAGGGUUUAAAUGCAAAGGAAAUAGUCUUACCUAAAGUCGAAAGAUGUUGGUCUCCACCUCCCAUUUUAACCAAUGGACCAUCAGCUUUGAAAACUAUACCAUCUCCAACAUCCAAUGUAUCUCUGCCAGUGAAUAAUCAACCAGGUAGAGAAACUAUUAAAGCAGGAGGGGCAUUACUCAAGGAAAAGGAAAAGGAAAGACUUGAAAAAUCACUGGGAUCUCCAGAUCUUUUAACUACUAAUAAUAUUAAUGCCAUAAGUCCCUUGAAUUCUCCAUAUAUUGGUAAUAUAAUUAGUGAUCAUAAUGAAUCCGUUACUUCAUUGGAUUAUACUUUAAAUCCUCCUAAAACUAGUAGUCAUCAUAAAGCUCCAUCUGUACAUGCCCAUUUUUAUGUUGAUGAAGCUGUUAAACCAGGAAAAGUAUUGAGUAGAUCAAGAAGUGGCUCGGUCAUUGGUAGUUCAACCGAUAUAGCUGGAUCUACAUCACAAACUUCCAAUGAAAACACUAACGUAGAAAAUCAAUCUAAUGUUAUUCCUACAUCAUCCAAUUCCGGUACAUCAAGUUCAAAUCCAAAUAUUGGUACAGGAGAACAAAAUGCAAACAUUGAUCCUAGAUUACCACAAGAUGAUGGUAAAAUUCAUAUUUUACUAGGAGUAUGUGGAGCACUUUCAACAGGUAAAAUUAAAUUAAUUAUAGCGAAAUUAUUAGAAAUUUAUACUCCACAAAAGAUUUCUAUUCAAUUAAUAUUAACUAAAUCUAGUGAAAAUUUUAUUUCUCAAGAAUUGAUAAAUACAUUAGAAAAUGUUAAAAAGGUAAGGAUUUGGAGAGAUUCUGAUGAAUGGACUACUUGGAAGGCUAGGCUGGAUCCUGUCUUACAUAUUGAGUUACGUCGUUGGGCUGAUAUUUUAAUUGUAUGUCCAUUAACUGCUAAUACAUUAUCAAAGAUUUCUCUAGGAAUUUGUGAUAAUCUUUUAACUAAUGUAAUACGAGCAUGGAAUACUUCUUAUCCUAUUUUAUUAGCACCAGCCAUGAUAAGUUAUUCUUAUAAUGCAGUAACUACCAAAAGACAAUUAAGAUUAAUAGCCGAAGAAAUGCCUUGGAUAGAAGUCUUAAAACCCGUUGAAAAAGUGGUAGGAAGUUAUGGUGAUAUUGGUAUGGGAGGUAUGAUGGACUGGAACGAGAUUGUUAAUAAGAUUGUCACGAAAACAGGUGGAUAUCCAGAGGAGGAAGAAGAUGAAGAAGAUGAAGAUAACGAUGAGAAAAAUGAUGAUGAAGCUGUUGAGGAUGACGAUGAUGAGGACGACGAUGACGAUGAUGAGGACGAUGAUGAUGAGGAAGAAGAAGAAGAAGAAGAAGAGCAAGACGAGAAUGUGGUGGCUGAAGAUGCAGACAACAUAGAAUCACUGAAGUCUAACGGAGAGGGGGCCAAAGUAGCAGCUACUAAUGUGGACUAGCAUGUAGAUGUAUUAUUACACUAAUUGAUCUAUUUAAAAAGUAGAUUCUUUUACAAUAUA